AUGGGCGGAUCCAAGGUCGAAAACUCGCUCACAAUCACCGACAACCGCACGGGAAAGACCAUCACUGUCCCUGUCGAACACAAUGCCAUCCCAGCGACCGCGUUCAAGAAGUUGAGGAAGGACGGGCCUGAGGCGGAGCAAGGGGACAGGCAGGAAGAUGAGGUUGAGGGCGGCAUCCGCGUCUACGACCCCGGGUUCAUGAACACGGCGGUCCUCCAAUCUCGGAUCACCUUCAUCGACGGCGAGCGCGGCAUCCUCCGACACCGCGGCUACCCUAUCGAACAACUCGCCGAAAAGUCCUGCUUCCUCGAGACGGCCUACCUCCUCCUCUACGGCGAGCUCCCCUCGCGCUCGCAGUUUGACCUCUUCCGCACCGAGGUCUUGCACCACACCUUCGUCCACCGCGACCUCGCCGAAAUCGUCGGCUCGUUCCGCCACGAUGCACACCCCAUGGCCAUCCUCACGUCCUCCUUCGCCGCCUUGGGCGCCUACGCACCCGAAGCGAACCCCUCGCUCGCCGGACAAAAAGUCUACACGAGCGGGACGGCAGCGAGUCUCCAGCUCAUGGACAAGCAGAUCUUCCGCUUGAUUGGAAAGUCGAUCACCCUUGCGGCGAUGGCGUAUCGCAUGCGCUCGGGAAGGCAGUUCGUCAACCCCCCGACGGGGAUGGACUACGCCGAGAGCUUCCUUUACAUGAUGGACCACCUCGGCGAGCCCAACUACCGCCCUCACCCCGUCGUCGCGAAGGCGCUCGACACGCUUUUCCUCCUCCACGCCGAUCACGAGAUGAACGCCUCGUGCGCCGCAGUCCUCCAAGUCGGCUCGACCCUCGUCGACCCUUACAGCGCAGUCUCAGCCGGCUGCGCAGCGCUCUACGGACCCUUGCACGGCGGAGCAAACGAAGCGGUCAUCCGCAUGCUCCUCCGUAUCGGAUCGCCCGAGAACGUCCCCGCUUUCAUCGAGAAAGUCAAGCGCAAGGAGGAGGUUCUGAGCGGGAUGGGUCACAGGAUUUACAAGACUCACGACCCGAGGUCCAAGGUUAUCCGCAAGCUCGCAGGCGAGGUCUUUGCGGUAACGGGUGAGGACCCGCUGCUCAAGACUGCGCUGGCGUUGCGCGAUGCGGCGCUCGCGGACGACUACUUCAUCAAGCGCCGUCUCGCGCCCAACGUCGAUUUCUACUCCGGCCUCAUCUACCGCGCCCUCGGCAUCCCCACCGACUUCUUCCCCGUCCUCUUCGCCGUCCCCCGCGUGGUCGGCUGGCUCGCGCACUGGCGCCAACUGAUGCUCCAAAAAGGCGGCGUCAAGAUCUGGCGUCCCCGGCAAGUCUAUGUCGGGGAGGGAGAGCGGGUGUAUGAGGGGAUUGAGGAGAGGAGGGAGAAGGGGAAGGGCGUCAAGGGCGCCGAACCGGCCCAGGUUGCGCAUCCGACGAGUACGAGGGUGUUCCUCGCGAGGCAGUCCAAGUUGUAG